AUGAAGGCUGUGCGAUUCCACGGGAAAGAGGACAUUCGAUAUGAAGACGUCCCGGAGCCGGUUUGUAAACCCGGGCAUGUCAAAGUGAAGCCAGCCUGGACUGGGAUUUGUGGCUCCGAUCUCCACGAAUAUCUCGGAGGACCAUCACUAUGCCCGACUUCGCCCCACCCGAUCACAGGAGAGACGGUACCAAUCACGUUUGGGCACGAGUUCUCCGGCGUAGUAAUCGAGUGUGGAGAGGGCGUAUCAGAUCGUUUCAAGGUCGGCAGUCGAGUCGUCGUAGCUCCAAUCAUCUUCGAUGGGGAUUGCCAAGCGUGCGAGGCCGGUUUGGUCAAUUGCUGUUGGAAGAAUGGGUUUGUGGGCCUCAGCGGAUGGGGUGGAGGGUUGUCUGAGUGCCUGGUCGUGCCAGAGUACACGCUGUACAGCGCUCCAGACAACGUCGGGCUCGACGUGCUUGCUUUGGUUGAGCCGCUCAGUGUGGGAUGGCACGCAGUCAAUGCGUCGCCAUUCAAACCUACCGAUACGUGCCUGGUCGUGGGCGGAGGGCCGAUCGGCUUAGCCGUUAUCCAGGCUCUCAGAGCUCGAGGCUGUGCUCAGAUCAUCUGCUCAGAAGUUUCUGAAAUGCGGAAGAAUUUUGCGGCAGAUUUUGGCGCUCACGUCGUUCUCGAUCCAUCCAAGGACGACGUCGUUGCGCGGUGCCGCGAAUUGACGGACCGGAGAGGAGUCGACAUUUCUUUUGAUGCUGCAGGCGUCCAGAGCGGCCUGGAUCAAUCAAUCAACGCCCUCAAAGCUCGUGGGACGCAUGUCAACAUUGCGAUCUGGGAAAAGACGUGUACCAUCACCCCGAACGACUUGGUCUUCAAGGAAAGAUCUUAUCUUGGUGUUGCGACCUAUGUUCGCGAAGACUUCCAAGAGGUCAUCGAUGCUUUGUCCGACGGCAGAUUGGACAAGAGUGCGCAGAUGAUAACGAAGAGAAUUGACAUGCCAGACGUCCUCGAGGAGGGAUUCAAAUCUCUGAUAAACGAGAAAGACAGUCAGGUCAAGAUCCUUGUCAAAUGCAGCGGCCAAAUCUAA